AUGGAUCCAAACGACCCGUAUAAGGGCCCUCGGAAGAGGGAAUCAUCCCGAUCGCAAAGUUCUCAACGAUCCGAGGCUUCUCAUGUGACUGCGUCCACAACUAGCAACACUGCUGGCACCCAAUCUUUUGGUAAAGUCGAUUAUGAGUUGAUCUGUACCUACCUUGAGGACGAAGAAAAUUUCCAGCAGCUCUUUAACACUGGGAGCCAAACGGCUGUAGGUCCAGGCCAGAUCUCUCGCGCUCGCGCUUAUGAACGAUUGGCCAAGUACAUGAAUGCAAAGGAUUUCGAACAACGAACUGGCGCCGGGAUUGAGGAGACAGAGGGCCAUCAUUCUCUGGUCCAGAAGCUUGAGGUGAUUUGCCUGUGUUUUGAACGCAUGGAUGCGCUUUUCAAGGAUAAGGCGAAUAUUACCGCCAUGGCUGUCUUUGAUUCAAUCGGCGAUCUUGGGAUUAAUGCGGCUUUGGAUCACAGUGAUGUAGAAGAAGGACUUCGCGAUGAGGCUCUGAUUGAUGGUACACAGAAUCUGGAGUCGGGAUCGCAGGUGGAAUUGACUCCGCGCGCAAUUCAAAGCCACACUGACGCCUUGUCUGGGGCACUGGAACGUUUGGAGGAGGAGGUGUCCUCCCCUUCACACUUGGAAGAUGGCAGGGGUUCUUCAAAAAUCAAUCCCGCUGUUAUUCAGUCAAGUCAGACCUCUGCUUCCUCCAAGGCCUCUCCGACUUUUCCAACAACAACUCACGGCAGUGCUUUGAAUAUCUAUCCGACGGUUUCUCAAUCAAGUCAGCUUUCUCCUUUGUCACAGACCGCUCCGACUGUUAUAACUGCAAAUCAGACCUCUCCAAUUGCCGCGACGACUCGCCCCAGAAGCACUAUUCCCAACUUUCACAGAAGUUUUUUUUUUUUGGGGGGGGGGGGGGGGGGGGCUUCCGAUCAAUCAACCCAAUCUAGUAACAUGUUGUCUCAAUCCCGAUCAACUAAGACUGGCGGAUUGACGGCCGCGUUUGAGUCAACAAGUUUGCAAAAACUGCAGGUGAUGCAACAUCAGCUCACAUUGGAUCAACAGCGAUUUGAUUUGGAGGUCCAAGACCGAGCGGAUGCACGUCAAGAGCGAGUCUUAGACCGCCAAGAUCGACAGGCAGAACGACUCAAGCGCCAAAACAACCAAUUGCAGAGAAUCCAGAUGGUGUCCAAAUGGCUUUGCAAAGGCCGGAGUACUGCUGAAAUCCAGGUCUUGUCCCAAGCAUUCUUUGGGGUCUGA